GAAGGAGACUAGCCCCUACACCAUUGAGCAGCAAGAAAAGAUGGCCGCCUUAGUCAGAGAGAACAAGGAGAGGAAAGAGCGUGAAAAGCUAUCGCAGACGAGCAGGCGGCGAAGAUGAAGAGAUUGGAGGAGGAGAUGAAGAGGGUACAACAGGAGGAGGAAGAAAGAAGGAAGGCUGCUGAAGCAGAAGCGGCAGCAGAAGAAGAGAAAGAGAGGAUGAGAAUUGAGAGUGGGGAAGGAAGUAGUGGUGGCACGAUGAAGUGGGAGACAGAUACUGAGCUGGAGAAGAAGAUCAGCGAGUGCGUCGCUAAUUUAUCGUUGGGAGAAGACGAGGAGGCGGAGUCCUAUGUGACUAAGGAUGAGAAGGCUGCGCUGGCCGCUGAGCUAGCGGCCAUGACAGACCCAAUGGAACGAAGAGAGAGGGAAGACGAGCAAAAGUUAGCAUGGAAUCUGCGGAUGAAGAGAGAGAAGAAGAAGAGGAGAGAGGAAGUGAACAAGAUGACCGCAGAGGUGGCAAAGGUGCAGGAGUGUAGAGCGGAGGUGCUGGCCCAACCAGACGAUAAGGCCAAGUGGGACAAAGUACUGGGGUAUCUGGAGGUGUUGAGCAAGGCCUGGAUGGAGGAGCGCCAGGCAAGCUGGAGCCAGGAUGUAGCGUUGAGUGCCAUGCGGUCCGGGUUCAGGGAUUUUGCGCGCGAAAUCGUCACCCAUAUUGCGGGUGAAGUCAAGCAAUUGAGAGACAACGUAGGGAAGUUUAGUGAGGGCGCCAUUCAGGGUGCCAAAGUUGCAGCCGCUGUAGAAGGAGAGGGCAGACCACGUAAGGACCCAGUGAAACUUAAGUUCCCAGACGCGUACGGGGGGAAGAAGGACGAGAACUUUGACAACUGGGAGGCCAGUGUCAAUAGUUACAUUUAUUUACACCAUAUUCUGAUGGAGGAGCAAGUCCUCGUGGCCUUCCAGGCCCUGAAGGACGAAGCGGCUAGCUUCGCCAGGUCUCUCGCACAUACAGCCGGUUGUGAAAACAACCUGGUUGCAUAUUCUAAAGUCACCCCUCUUUCCCAAUUCCUCAGGCUCCUCAAGGAGCGUUUCGCUGACCCAACGAGAGGCAUAAGAGCCUCUGCCAAGCUUCAAACGAUCCACUCACGGCAGUGGAGGAGUGCCAAGGCACUCAAGGGUACCAUGGACGACUUGGUAGCCGUCCCGAACCACGGGGUCACUGAGCCCCAGUUGGUCCAGUUGUUUUAUCGUGCCAUCCCAGAGGCCCUACGCGGGCAUUUCUUUGACAAGUCUCAGCAGGCCGGCAUCACAUACGAUCAAUUGAGUAGGGAGGUCGUCCUGUAUGCCAGUUACCACUUUCUGGCAUAAGGACCUGGAGAAGGGGAAGAAGUGGAAGAAUCGUACUAUCUCAGGCCAAGUAAAGGCCAAGGAUCACA